CUUUGUAAUGGCGGACACGAUGUCUUGAAUCAAGUCGAUAUAUAGACACAUUUUCGCAUUUCCUGAACAACACAAAGCAAUACUAUGCUUUUAGAUCAACCAGAAUACUGCAAAAUACAUCGAUAAACGUUAUUAUAAAAUGUCUGUACACCAGCAGUCAAAUUCUCUGCCAAAUUCAAGCGGAAUGGUGAACAACCAAAGGUCGCCGUCCAUUUCGGAAUCAGAUUCGGAUGAAGAAGAUGACUUCGAUGAUGAAGGCAUCAAUAGCUCCGCGAUGGACUUUAUAUUAAAAUCUAAAAGAAAUGAACUCACCUCAAAGCUUAUGUUAUCUGGAUCUGACGGACUCAGUAAGUAUGACCUACACAAGAUGGACCCAGAGACUCAGGCGAGACUUGGUGCUCUUUUCGAAGCUGCAGGUAUGGGUAAGCUGGCUGAUGGAAAGGUCUUUGCUGAUCCUGAAGUGUUGMGGCGCUUGACAUCUUCUGUCAGUUCAGCUCUUGAUGAAGCUGCUGCUGCCCUUACUAGAAUGCGGGCUCAGAAUAGUGGAGUUCCAUCGUCACCUAACCACGCUGUCGAUACAGGAGCUCGCAGUCUUGCUGAAGCAUGUCUAGAGGGAGAUGUUGGUGCUGUUAAGAAACURCUAGAAGAAGGAUGGAGUGUGCAUGAACCCACYGAUGAGGGUGAGAGYCUGCUUUCUCUUGCUUGUUCUGCAGGCUACUAUGAACUUGUCCAGGUUCUCUUAGCCAUGGAAGCAAGCGUAGACGAYCGAGGUAGCAAAGGUGACUGUACCCCACUAAUGGAAGCAGCAAGCGGAGGCUAUGUAGAGAUUGUAAAACUUCUACUGGAAAACACUGCUGAYGUGAAUGCUCAGUCRCAAGCGGGCAAUACUGCAUUGAUAUACGCAUGCUGUGGUGGGUUUGAGGAUGUCGUAAAGAUAUUGUUGGAACAUGGUGCCGAUAUCGAGGUGCAUAAUGAAAAUGGCCACACCCCUUUGAUGGAGGCCGCCAGUGGAGGACAUGUGGGCGUGGCAAAGCUACUACUGGAGAAUGGAGCAUGUAUYAAUUCACAUUCCAAUGAGUUUAAGGAGAGUGCAUUGACUCUUGCUUGCUAUAAAGGUCAUCUUGACAUGGUCAAGUUUUUAUUGGAUGCUGGUGCCGAUCAAGARCACAAGACUGAUGAGAUGCACACAGCAUUAAUGGAGGCUUCCAUGGAUGGACAUGUUGAAGUGGCACGUUUGUUAUUAGAUCAUGGAGCACAGGUAAACAUGCCUGCAGAYAGUUUUGAGUCUCCUCUAACCCUUGCUGCCUGUGGUGGCCAUGUGGAACUGGCUGCUUUAYUGAUUGAACGAGGUGCCUUCCUGGAAGAAGUKAAUGAUGAAGGGUAUACUCCGCUUAUGGAAGCAGCAAGGGAAGGACACUUAGAAAUGGUUGCUCUUCUUCUUGAACAUGGAGCUGAUAUACAUGCCCAGACAGAAGAGACUCAAGAAACUGCCCUGAGYCUUGCUUGCUGUGGUGGAUUCCAAGAUGUUGCUGCCUUCCUACUCCAAGCAGGUGCUGAUAUUGAGCAAGGUUCAUCUACACCUCUUAUGGARGCUGCACAGGAGGGUCAUGUAGAGCUUGUWAAGUUCCUCCUUGAACAAGGUGCCAAUGUUAAUGCUACSACUGCUACUGGUGAUACUGCGCUGUCUUUUGCUUGUGAGAAUGGUCACACAGAUGUAGCUGAUGUACUGCUACAAGCUGGUGGAGACUUGGAGCACCAGUCAGAGGGRGGUMGAACACCACUUAUGAAGGCAGCAAGAGCAGGACACUUGUGCACUGUUCAGUUUCUGAUAAGUAGAGGUGCUGAUGUAGAUAGAAGGACAACUAAUAGUGAUCAUUCUGUUCUGUCAUUGGCUUGUGCYGGAGGUCAUUUAGCAGUAGUAGAGUUACUGUUAGCGCAUGGUGCAGAUCCAUACCAYAAACUAAAGGAUGGUUCAAAUAUUCUAAUAGAGGCAGCAAAGGGGGGUCAUGCAGCAGUCAUCUGCUAUCUUCUUGAAAACCCAAUCCCAGGAACCCCCCCUGAUAUGCAGUUAUCCUCUAUGCCAAGUUCCAUGUGUGCACCAUCUGUACCACCUCCACGUGUCCCCCCAGUUCAUCCUAGUCAGCCACCACUAUUAGAACACCCUGAGCUGUCUGAUUUAGGUGCUUUUGGUCCYGAAGCUGUAGCCCUUGGUCAGUUACCUAUUGCUCCACCCACGUCCCCAUUGUAUAGUCUUCAAGAAGCGUUAAUGUUUCCUGACAUGCCAACAACAUCAUCAGCUAUUGCCCCUACCUACCCAUCUGUUAGCCAAUCACUGUCCAGUAUGUCAACACCUAAUACUCACGUAACSUCCACUGCAGUCCAGACGGAYAACAAAGUGAUCACUGAGAAACUUCAACUGAUUCAAGGGAAGCUUGCUAAAGCUUUGAAAAAUGCUAAUAUUUCAUUAGACUCUGGUGUAUUCCCUCAGGAUUUGCUACAAAAUGUAAAGGAAGAGAUUAACCAGUUUGAUCUUGAAGGUGACGAUGGUCCUGUACCWCCACAACCAUUCUUGAUAUCUAGUGGAAUAGGAGAGCUUACACCAGCACAACUUGAAGGUUUAAUGGUUGCUGAACCAGCACAGACCCUUCCUGAUGCUAUAGAUAUGCUUUGAUUUCAGCCCUUGUGAAAGACCCAGAGUGUGAUAUCAAUGAUGUCCUUCCACGACGUAAGGCACCAUUGUCUCCGAGAACAACUACAAUCUUCACACCCUUUACAACUGUCACUGUUACUGAAACCAACCACUCUACAACAUCUACAACACCUUCAUCCAAGUCUUUUCUUCAUCCUAUUUCUGCUGUUCCUAUCAUUACAUCUAUACCAAAGCCAAAGCCUUCAAAUCACCCUUACUCUGCCCCUAUAAGUAUUCCUUCAACUAGGACUGUUGUACCUGGUGCCCCGACUACAACCAUUAGCAGUAAAGGUACCCGAGYUAUAUCAAAGACAAGUGUAUCCUCGGCAUCACAUAUCCCUAGCUCAGCUAAAUGGGGCUCGACUGUACAGGUGCCUCAUCGUAAGAAAGUUUCUCCAGGGCGAGUUCCAUCUUCUCAUGGUGUUUCUGAUGUGACAUCAAAGGUAAUGCCAAUCACCACACCGGURUCAGCAACAAAGAAGGUUUCUGGGAGCACUACAGUUGUCACCAUGACUACAACAAUGGCAGUAACAACCUCGRCAACCAARAAUGACACAAGAGUAACACCUGCAAAGCGUCAGUUGUUUCCAGAAAAACUUUCUAAGGUUCCUACUAACACUACCCCUAUAGGCAAACCUCAGAGAGUUCCCAAAGGGCCACUGAGCUAUUGUUCUGUUGCUAUGGGAGCUACCAGUGCAAGAGCCCCAGGRACAUCUCCAGGUCAGCUGGUUAAUGGACCUCAUACAUCACCAACUGUAACCAUGUCAUCAGAUUCUCUAACAGUCCAAUCACAGGGUUCRCCACURCCUGCGGCAAUUAGUAAUUUCCUGUCUCACGUUGGUCAAACACUUGGUCCCAGUCUAUGGCAAGACAUCUCACAUCCCAGUAACAGACCAACAACUGGAGUGAACCCAAGCCAGGACCUUACCCAGGAACCAGCACCRGCAGAGCCRAUAACGCAACCUGUCUAUAUAACGACCCCAGGGGCCUUAUUCACUCCUUUGAAUCAAGACCCUAAUUCCUCUUCACCUCCAAGCACCACAGCUUCUCCAGUACCAACAACAACAUCAUCAGCAUCAAACUCCCCCACCAUCUCCCCCAUAGGUAGUUCAUUGGCUCCAGGAAGUAACGUCAUUGGUAGCGAUGCAGGGGACAAGCCUAACCUGAGACCAAUAGGGACAGAAAGGGCAUGUCGUCGAGCYACUGCAAGYCCUUUACCACCUAUGUCUGGGAUUGCACCACUUAUUGGAGAUGGAGUACAACAACAUGGCGUCUGGAGCUAUUCAUUUCCAUCAGAUCCAUCAGUUCCAUCAGGAUGGUCCACUGAUCCAGUUCCACAAGUUCCACAGCCCUCUUCGUCACAAAUGGUCAGUGGAACAGACUCUACAAGUCAAAGUACUGAAGAACAAAUAGGUGUUGCUCCUGGAGAUACGUUACAAAGUUUGCUUGAACGUCUAUCACUGUCAAGUCACCUAAGUCUCUUUCAGACGAUUCCAUAUGUUCUAAUUAGAGGUGUUAAACAUUACAGAAACUGAUGAUAAAGUUACCUAUACAUUUGAAUUCUGAUAAAAUGAUUCAAUAAUAAAAGUCAUUUGUCAGAUGAACAUU